AUGAGCGCCCUAUCCGACAAGCUGAAUGCGCUGACUAUGAAAUUUGACUGCAUGGCAAUGGGGCAAUCGUCACAAGAACCCCAAGGAAAUAUGGAGGACGUGAACUAUGUGAAUCAAGGGGGAAACAACCGGUAUUACAAUAAUCACCGCCCCAACUUUCAGGGUGGUGGAUAUAAUCAGUUCGGGAACAAAGGGCAUCCCAAUCUCUCUUAUGGGAACCCCAAGAAUGCUCUGCAACCACCCCCGGGGUUCACGGUUACUAAUGGAGUGGUUAAUGAUCCGAAGAAGAUGACCACGGAAGGCAUACUCAAGUCUUUCAUGCUACAGUCCAACAAGCUCAUGGAGCAGAACAAUCACAGGAUGGAGAAGGUGGAGACAGAUGUGCAAAGUAUGGCCACUCAUCUGAAGAACAUCGACACACAGAUCAGCCAGAUUUCCCAGACUGUGAGUACUAUUACUCAAUCGGGAAAAUUCCCUUCGAACACCAUCAUAAAUCCCAAAGAUUGCAAAGCUGUGCAGUUGAGGAGUGGAAAAAGUUAUGAGGGACCUGCAAUGCCAUCAGAGGACAGAGUAACAGAAAAGGCACCUGAAGAGGAGGAGUUAGUCGAGGAAGUUGAGACCGAGACAGUACAGAUUACUUCUCCACCUAAGGAGAACGUGGUUCCAACUCUACCUACACCACCUGCAGCUCACACUCCCACUGACGUGAGGAUUCCCUAUCCUCAACGUGUGCAGAAGAAGAAGACAGAUGCACAGUUCUCGAGGUUCUUGGAUGUAUUUAGGAAGGUGCAGAUAAACAUCCAAUUUGUGGAAGCACUACAACAGAUGCCCAGCUAUGCCAAGUUUCUGAAGGAUGUGAUUUCCAACAAGAGGAGAUGGAUGGAGUAUGAGACGGUGAAUUUGACUGAAAGCUGCAGCUCCAUUAUUCAGAAGAAGUUGCCAGCUAAACUGAAGGAUCCGGGAAGUUUUACCAUCUCUUGCAUAGUGGGAGAUUGUCAAGAAGGGAGAGCGUUAUGUGAUAUGGGGGCGAGUAUCAACCUGAUGCCUUAUUCGUUCUUUCAGAAAAUGAAGAUUGGGGUGUUCAGACCCACUACUAUAUCACUGCAGAUGGCUGAUAGAACAGUGUCAUAUCCGAAGGGGAUCGUUGAAGACGUACUUGUGAAAGUCGGGGAAUUUAUUUUUCCAGCCGACUUUGUAGUAGUUGAUAUGGAGGAAGAUAGGCACGUCCCACUUCUCUUAGGCAGGCCCUUCUUAGCCACAGGGAGAGCACUGAUUGAUGUGCACAAAGGAGAACUUACUCAACGACUGAAUGAUGAGAGUAUCACAUUUUCCAUCUAUGGUGCGAUGCAGAAAUAUGAUGAUGAGGAUGCUUGGUGGUUCAAACAGUGUAACAUGAUCGAGGUGAUUGAUGAUUGUGUGAGAGAGUCUUUACUGGCUUUAGACAAUCUGCAAGUGUCUGAAUUUACUGAGGAGCUACUUCAUUUUGUGGGAGCUCUUAAUUCUGGUGGGGAGAUUCCAAGAAGGAAUAAUAAGUUUUUAUCUCUCAAAGAUCCGGCAGAUGAGGAAGAGAAAGAAGAGAAGAAUGAGGAACUUAAGUCGUUGCCUUCACACCUCAAGUAUGCCUUCCUUGGAGAGAAUGAGACGUAUCCGGUAAUUGUCUCUUCAUCAUUUACUCCCACUGAACUCGAUAAACUGCUGCGAGUGCUCAGGAAGCAUAAGGGAGCUAUAGGGUGGUCUAUCUCAGACCUAAAAGGAAUCAGCCCUACUGUUUGCAUGCACAAGAUUCUAUUAGAAGAAGGAUUUAAACCUAAUGCUCAGAAUCAAAGGAGACUAAACCCGAUAAUGCAAAAUGUGGUGAAAAAGGAGGCAUUGAAGUGGUUGAAGCCGGAAUUAUAUAUGCUAUUUCUUACAGUGAUUGGGUAA